UCAGACUGGUGGUGGAUUAUUUCGAUUGCUGUCAAGUGAAGAAACCUUCCUUUUUCCCCCACCAUUUUCGCCCAAUUUCUCCCAUCUUCCCCCUCUGCUCUGCUUUCCCCACAAAAAACCGCGCGCCCCCAUUGCCCGCCUCCUCCCGCCCCACCUCGUCGGUUUGGCCGCAGAGGUCCACGAAAACCCUAGCCCGGGGAGGCCCCUGCGUGCGCGCGUUGUUCUGAGACAACGGUUUAUGUAUGCAGGAUGGAACCUCAUAUGUUUCUGUAGCAGCGACUGAUGCUAUGGAUGUUAAUGCAAAAUCAUCUGGUGCCCAGUUAGAAAAAAUGGAACCUGUUCACUCGAAUGGACAGCCAGGAGAUGAUGUCAUAAUUAUUGAAUCUGAAGGGGAUGGAAAUAAAGUUGGAGUGCAAACUAGCAUCAGAGAAGGUGCCCUUGAGGACCACAACGAGCAUAAAUGUGGGAAUACGGAUAGUACUGUGCUUGAAGAAGAAUCCACUAGUACCGAUGAUGAUUCGGACAGUGACUUGUAUGGUUUCUAUCUCCGCGAAUCAGAGAAUGAACAAACUUCAGAGUCUGAUGCUGAGAAAGACACUGAGGUGUCUUUACCUGAGGAAGAAGUUGAAGAAUUAGUUGCUGAAUUCCUUGAUGUUGAGAGCAAAGCAGCUCAAGCGCAAGAAUCACUUGAAAAGGAGUCACUGGAAAAAGUUGAAGCUGAAGUAAGAUUGGAGUUAUCUGAGAGGCUCCAAGGAGAUGCGUUGGAUUUAGCUGUAUCAAUUGAGAUGGAGCAAUUCAAGAAGGCAUGGUCAACUGAACUUGACGACUUGGAGAUCCGCACUGCUGAUCUGCUGGAACAACUUGAUGCUGCUGGUGUUGAACUUCCCAGCCUAUAUAAAUCAAUAGAAAGUGAAGCCCCAAAUGUUUGUGAAACUGAAGCAUGGAAAAAUAGGACUCAUUGGGCUGGUUCUCAAGUUUCUGAAGAAGCUAACAAGUCAAUCAGAAUAGCUGAUGAAUACCUUCAGUCUUGUAGACCUGUAAGGAGAAAACACGGAAGGCUUCUGGAGGAAGGUGCUAGUGGCUUUCUUGCCGGAAAAGUUCCUGUUGGGGAUGAUAAUUCUGUACAGUGCCAUGAGAAAAGUUGGAAUUCAUUCAAUGAGCUUAUUAAUUCAAAGAAGUGUACCAAAAGUUCUUUUGGAAGUAGUAACUGGGCAUCAGUUUAUCUGGCCAGUACUCCCCAGGAAGCUGCCGCCUUAGGUCUCCAAUUUCCAGGAGUUGAUGAGGUGGAGGAGUUAGCAGAAGUUGAGGGUGUUGUUGAUGACAUAAAAGGCGUUGAUGAAAUGGAGCUUUCUGAAGAACAGAGGAAAAAAUACAGAAAGGUUAGGGAAGAAGAUGAUGCAAAGACAAUGAAACGCCUGCGGCGUCAUAUGAAAAAAAGGACAAGAGGCUUGUGUAAGGACAACAUUGAUUUGGCCUCAUCAUCAAAUGUAUGCUCUGAGCCGCCCCCAUUACCUGAAAAGCACAAAACUGAUAAAAAUGAAGUUUCUGGUGAGCUGCUGAAGCGCACACGUGAAGAUGGUGCUGAUCUUGACCACAAGAGGUCGAAAACUGUAGUAAUAGAGAGUGACGAUGACAUGCUGAUAGAUAGCAAGCUAGCUUUGCGUAUCAAAGACAGUGAGCAUAGUUCAGCAGAACUUGAAAAUGGGGUUGACAUUAUUGAUCUUGAUCUCAUCCCGUCACAAAGUCCUACGCUUAGUGAUAUAGAUUUACCUAAGGCUUUCAAGUGUACAAUUUGCACCGAAAUGUUGAAUGCCUCUGAUGUGCAUCGUCACCCAGUACUAGAUGUUAUUGUUUGCGGGUCUUGCAGAUUUCUGGUGAUAGAGAAGAAUCGUCUUGAGGGUCCUGUAUCCGGUGGUUAUUGCACCUGGUGUGUUCAGUGUGAAGAACUUCAAAGUUGCAGUUCCUGUAAGAUGCUAUUUUGUACAAAAUGCUUAUCAAAGAAUUUUGGUGAGGAAUGCUUAUCAGAAGCUAAAGUCGCGGGUUGGCAGUGUUGCUGCUGCCAACCCAGGCAACUGGAACACUUAAUAUCUGAAUGUGAUAAGGCCCUGAGUGGUGAUGUUGAAUCUUCUGAUCCUGAGAGUGACAAUACUUCUGGAACCAAAAACAUUGACCCUGUUAGCAAGCACAAAAGAAAAAAGAAGAUAAGAAGAAUCAUGGAUGAUACAGAACUUGGGGAGGAAACAAAGCGCAAAAUAGCAAUGGAGAAGGCUAGACAAGAACAUGUGAAGUCCAUGCAUGAGCAGUCUGCCAGCAAGUUAAGGAGUGGCAUCACUGGAACUUCCUCUGGAGCUCUAUCAAAAGUCUUUCUACAGGAUGCCGGGGAUGGCCAUAUAGUCAAUGUUGCCAGGGAGGAAGACGAGGAACCUGUUAGAAUUCCAAGCAGCGUAUCUGCUAAACUAAAGCUUCAUCAGGUAUCAGGAAUAAAAUUUAUGUGGGAAAAUGUUAUCCAGUCUGUCAGAACAGUCAAAUCCGGGGAUAAAGGUUUUGGGUGCAUUUUGGCACAUAAUAUGGGGCUUGGGAAAACUUUUCAGGUUAUUACGUUCCUGUAUGUGGUUAUGAGAUGUACUCAGUUGGGAUUUCGAACGGCACUUAUAGUUACCCCUGUUAAUGUUCUGCAUAAUUGGAAGAAAGAGUUCACCAAGUGGCAUCCGGCAGAACUAAAGCCUCUUCGUGUGUAUAUGCUGGAAGAUGUGCCAAGGGUAAAAAGACUAUAUUUACUAAACAAGUGGCGAGCAAAAGGUGGAGUGCUUCUCAUUGGUUAUUCAUCCUUCAGAAACUUAUCUCUUGGAAGACAUGCCAGGGAAAAAGAUACUGCAGAUGAGAUUUCGAAUGCUUUGCAGUGUGGGCCAGAUAUUCUUGUAUGUGAUGAAGCACAUAUGAUAAAAAAUAGGAAGGCUGACAUUACGCACGCUCUAAAACAAGUAAGGACACAAAGAAGAAUUGCGUUAACUGGAUCCCCGUUGCAGAAUAAUUUAAUGGAAUAUUACUGUAUGGUUGAUUUUGUCAGGGAAGGCUUUCUUGGAAGCAGCCAUGAAUUCCGCAACAGGUUCCAGAACCCAAUUGAAAAUGGGCAGCACACAAAUUCUACAUCAGAUGAUGUCAAGAUCAUGAACCAACGGUCACACAUUUUGUAUGAACAGCUGAAAGGCUUUGUCCAGCGAAUGGACAUGAAUGUGGUGAAGAAUGAUCUACCACCAAAGAAGGUUUUUGUCAUCACUGUAAAGCUCUCUCCACUGCAAAGAAAGCUAUACAGAAGAUUCUUGGAUGUGCAUGGUUUCUCAAGUAGCGCUUCUUCAGAAAAACCUUUUAAGCACAGUGGAUUCUUUGCCAAGUACCAAAAGCUUGCCCAGAUCUGGAACCAUCCUGGCCUUCUCCAGAUGGCUAAAGAGCAGAGAGAAAGUGUACGCCGAGAAGAUGCUGUUGAGAACUUUCUUACGGACGAGAGUUCUAGUGAUGAUAAUCAUAAUACUGAAAGUCAAUUGCUAAACGGAGAUAAUAAACAGAAGAUUAGAACUGAUCAGCAGUCAACGAAAAUCGACUUUGUGAACGAGGAAAGUAACUGGUGGGAGAACCUUAUAGAUGAAGGUACUUACAAGGAAGCAGAUUACAGUGGCAAAAUGGUCUUACUCCUUGAUGUACUGGCAAGUUGUUAUGAAUUAGGUGACAAGGCAUUAGUGUUCAGCCAGAGCUUGACCACUCUGGAUUUGGUUGAAUUUUAUCUAUCUAAGUUGCAAAUUAAAGGAAAAGAAGGCAAAUACUGGAAGCAGGGCAAGGACUGGUACAGGCUUGAUGGGAGCACUCCAUCUUCCGAGCGGCAGAACCUUGUAGAGAGAUUUAAUGACCCUGCGAACACAAGAGUGAAAUGCACAUUGAUAUCUACUCGAGCUGGAUCUCUGGGCAUCAACCUUCAUGCAGCAAACCGUGUGGUCCUUCUGGACGGUUCAUGGAAUCCAACACACGAUCUGCAAGCUAUUUAUCGGGUUUGGAGGUAUGGCCAGGUCAAACCUGUGUAUGCUUACCGCCUAAUGGCUCAUGGAACAAUGGAAGAGAAAAUAUAUAAGCGGCAGGUGACAAAAGAAGGGCUUGCAGCAAGAGUGGUUGAUAGACAGCAAGUGUCUAGAACAAUCUCCAAAGAAGAGAUGUUGCAUCUUUUUGAAUUUGGUGAUGAUGAAUUACUGGACCAGAGUGGAAGCGAUUCUACCAUAAUUAAUCACACUAAGGUUGGAAUGGAGAAGCUAUCCCUGCCCAUCAGCAGUGAAACCACUGAACUUCCCGUGGACGGGAUCAUGCUGAACUUGCUUAGUGAUCACCCUCGGUGGAUUGCGGGCUAUCACGAACAUGAAGUUCUUCUGCAAGAAAAUGAAGAGGAGAGACUCACCAAGGAAGAGCAAGAUAUGGCCUGGUCAAGUUUCAAACAAUCACAGCAGUUGGAUGCUGUGCCAAGGAAAGGUGCACAUGAUCCUGAGAGAAAGCCAACAGAGACCAUCGUCCCGCCACCUAAAAGAAGUCGCCAGUCGCAGCAACCAAAGUCUAAUUCGAAUAACCAGAAGAAAUGCAGCAAUCUUAACCACUUGCUGACUCUAAGAAGCCACGGCACCAAAGCUGGAUGCACGACAAGCUGCAAGGAAUGUGGCCAGGACAUUAGUUGGGAGACUCUGAACAGAUCGGAUGGUAGAUUGAGGUGACGCACCUCGGCUCACGCCGUGCAGAAAAUGCAUUUUUAUGCGAGAAUUUCAGUCUACAUACAAGUAGAUUGAGAAGUCAUUUUUUGAUACAAAUGAAAGGUGCAUUAAUUGGAAUUGCAUGUCUUUUCACCCGAUCGAUGGAAGAUAUCAGAAAUCCACCUGUUACUGUUA